AUGUUACGGCGACUACUAUCCUUGACCUUUAUUCCUGCUUUGAGGCUUGCCCUCUGCGCCGUGACCGGAAACGGGCUUCACUCACGGGGUGAAGUGCCGGGAUUUCAAUUUGACGCAAACACGAGCAAGUAUUGUGACUACUGGCUCGACACUACAGACAGCAAUCUUCAGUGCACUCAAGUACCAGCUCAAUGGGGCAUCUCGAUGGCCGAUUUACUUCGCUGGCUCACGGUGGGAGCCAACUGCGGAGGACUGUGGGCGGAAGUAUAUGUGUGCGUAUCUGUUAUCGAUUUCGAAGCGCCCACUACUUCAGCUACACCUACACCCUCGCCUGCUAAGCCUAGCAACGGCAUCGUGACUGCAAAACCCAUCCAGCCAGGCAUGGUUGAUAACUGCGACGCUUUUUACUUUGUUCCAAAGGACACAGGCUGCCAGGCCGUUGCCGAUGCAAAUCACAUUACGUUGGCGCAGUUCCUGACUUGGAAUCCUUCAGUUGGAAGUACUUGCGGAGUGCUAUGGGCAGAAGCAUAUGUAUGCGUGUCUAUUAUCGGCUUUGAAGCGCCGUCCGCAACACCUACCCCUAAGCCUACCACUACGAAGCCAAGCAACCGGGUCGCGACUCCGACUACUACCCAGGCUGGUAUGGUAGGGAACUGUGUAAAGUUCCACUUUGUCGCGGAUCAGCAGACCUGUGCAGUCAUUGCGGCUCUGUACAAGAUCUCGGUCUCUGAUAUGAUCAAAUAG